AUGUCAUCAAUUGUCGUUGGAAGUGGAGCCCUGGCUGAGACUGUCGUCGGACUGUGUACGUUACCCGAGAAGAUCCACUGAUUUUGUUGUUUAUACUGACCAUUUGCAGUGUGCGCUGCCGGCAGACGCGUUUCCCUCGUGGCUCCGAGUGCCAAAGUCAACGCUCAGAAGUUCGAUUCAGCGGUCAUCAAGACCAUUCUGCAAGAGGAUUCUGAGAAGAAGAUUCCGUUCGAGUUCAUCGAUGAUCUGAAGGUGAGCCGGCGAGCGAUCAACGAACAAACGCAUAAAAAUAUUUAUUACAGCAGCAACAAAAGUUGGCGGAGAAGAACUUCAAGAAGAUCAACGUGACCACCGACUUGUCGAAGAUCGAGGCUGCCGAUCAGAUCAUUGACGCCUGCUCGGCCGACGAAUCCGCUCUUCUGACUCACACGGCGAAGGCGGUCCCGAAUGCCACAAUAAUCUCUCUGAACAGUGACAAGUCACCGAUGCAUUCGAACCACGUCUCCGUCAAGAUGUACAGCCCGAUUCGCGACACCAAGACUGUCAAGGUAACAGAAAAAAGACAAAGUGAUUAGAGAACAAUGUCAUUUUGAAGAUGUUCGCCAACUCGAAGGCAUCUAAAAAGGCUAUCGAAGAAGUCAACCAACUUCUGGAUUCUAUGGGAUUCACUGUGCUCAGCGAGGAGGAUUCGCAGGUCGCCGACAGACUCGUGAAGGACAUGCAGCAGGUGGAGAAGUCCUCGCAGCUCUCGAAGCUCGCCUCGAUCCUAGUGAACCCUCUGGCCACCCCGGUUGUUCCGACCCUCCCGAAAGAACAGUACUUGCUCUUCUAA